AUGCUCGCGCUUUUCCCCUGCAACCCCGUACGCAAGAACUGGAACCCUACAUUGCAGGGCACAUGCAUUGGAUGGGGCAGCAAAAACCCUGCCGACUUUUUCCACAUGUUUUUGGGCCAUGCUGUCAGUAACUGCUUACUGGAUAUCAUGGUCCUUCUAGUACCUCUGCCCUUCGUAACCACGCUAAGGAUUGCGGGUAAAAGCCGAGCAGGCUUAGUUGGUCUGUUCAGCUUGGGCUGUGUUGUCGUCAUCGUAGCUGUCGGUCGCAUGAUCGCUAUGUCUGUUAACAAAGCUGGCACCAAGCCUGUCCUAGACAUGUCCUUCCACACACCCAUCGUCUAUAUCUUCGCCGUCCUCGAAGUCAACUUCGCUAUCAUCACAGCCUCCAUACCCAUCUUCUGGCCCGCCAUAGCAACACUAGCUUCCAACAAGAUCUUCGUCGUCAAUGAAGUACAGAUCCACGUCGAACAUGUCACAAGAAACGAUAGCUUCGACUCCAGCGGUGGCAUCAGCCUUAGCGACCGAAAGAUACAAUCGUCAGGUGGGGAUAGCAAGAUGGGCGUUGUUACCACAAUAUCCGACCGAGCACCACCUCGAAAGUCAGGCGAGAAGUCAUCCAUUCACCAUCAUCACAAACCAAGCACCGCUUCAUCUGUCGGUCCAACCACCGGCUUUGGAGGAGGACGAAAACCAAGCACCGCCUCAUCCGUAGGCCGAACAAUGGGCAUGGACCUCGCCGGCCGCCCCAGCCAAGAAUCAUCACGCUACCUAUACCGCAUCCCGAGCAACGAAAACAGGAGUUCGAAAAGCCUUACGCAGAGCGAGGGCGACGACUGGUUCAUGGAGAUGGACAGGGCGAAUUCACGCGGACAAGUGACGACAACGGUCGAGAAGUCCUCGAUUCCGUUCGAGCACCUCAAGGCGACGGAUAAAAAGUAA